UUGCUAUCUGACGUUGUCUCUCGUGUUUUUAACGUCGUUGGGAGACCUGCGCAGGAGUGAGCACAGCGUUGUGCUAGCAACAGAAUAGCAAUACACAAGGCAAUGCCUGCAGGUGUAUCUGGGAGACACCUACACGACGAUCCCUUCCCCAGCAGCGUCCAUCUCGCUGUGAUCCAAAAGCAGAUUCGACAACAGAAUGGCUUCAGAAGAUGAGCAUGGUGGUGCGUUCCUAGUGGCUGGUGAAGAUGUCCCAGUGUGUCAGAGCUGUGUGUCGUCUGUAGCUACUCCAUCCUCCAUCACUUCUGUUCUGGAAGAUGCUGACAGCAUGUAUUCCCAGUCAGUUUCUGAUGUGCCUGAGAGCACACCGUGUGCCGCAGACACCUUGCGUGUGAGUGUCAGUGACUUGCCAGAUGAGAUACUGAUAAAGAUCUUCUCUCACAUGUCUUUCAGUGAGCUAAUAGAUGUGGUACAGAAGGUGUGCUCUCGUUGGAGAAGGCUGUCUCAAGAUUUCGAGUUGUGGCAUGACAAGGAAUACCAUGUCAGGUACUGGACUUGUUUCGACAUGGACACCAGUAAAGGUGGCACAACUGACGAGGAGGCGAUAAAGACUUUCUGCGAUGCCCCGAACCUGCGUACUGUGUUCAUGUGGAGAAGUGCCAGGUCCCGUGUCUUCCGUGCGCUCUACAGCAAAUGCCAGAGACUCUCCGAGCUGCAACUGCAUGUCAGUCAGAAGCUUAGCUACUCGGUGCUGAAGAACUUGGUAGAGAAGUGUGCCAGAAUACGCACACUAAGGAUAUCCGAUGAACUGCUGAAAUCUGAGAAAUUUUCAGAGGCUGUGUCUCAUCUACAGCACCUCCAGGUGCUGUGUUUGGAUGUACACUUCACAGAAAGCACUCCUGCUUUGCGACCUUUGGGUGACGGAUGCCCACAACUGGCAGAGAUUGACUUUGGGUACACGUCUGUCGAUAUGGACGAUCUGAGGUACUUUCUGAAUGCCAAGAGGAACACUCUUAAGUCCAUACACAUAAAGUGGGCAAUGGAUGGAAAAAGGGCUGGUGGGCUGACAAAACUCAGACUGCUGGAUCUACGAGGUGGGUAUGGACUCGACGAUGAUACGGUAAUUGCUGUCAGCCGCGGAUGCCCUGCUUUGCAGGAACUUAAUGUCAGAGAAGCAGAGUUGCUGUCUGAUGCUGCAUUCUCUCAGAUCUACCAUCUGGAACAUCUUGAAAUACUGGACGUGUCGUGGUGCAAGGGUCUCGCUGGAGCCCUGUUCCCCUGCCUCGCCAGGCUACCGCAACUUCACACCUUGUUCGCAGAAGAACUGGAGUUUCCCGUGAUGCAACCUGGUCUGAGCAGUAUCCUCGCAUUGUCCAGUGUGCGCUGCCUGACAUUCAACUAUUCCGUUGUUACUGGAGUGCCAUUUCAUAAGUUUCCAGGAAAGCUGGUUAGUCUCAGGGAGCUGAAAAUCCGAGGCUGUCGAGGUGACCCUAAAGCCACAGAUGGACUGUCUGAGCAGAUGCCUGAUCUCAAAAUCUAUGGCAGCAUUGAAGCAGAGGAUCCAGGUUUCAACACAGAUGAUCACCAGAAUGAUGUAGACCUUGAAGGGGAAGAGAAUGUGGGGCUCGGUGGAGCAGACGAAAUACGUGACGACCGUUCAGAUAAUGGCAAAGACAGUGACGUUGACAGCAGCAGUAGCAGUGAUAAUGAGAUUGAUAGUAUUAUUUGGGAUGAAAGAACUAUACCUUCUCUCUUUCUGCAGGAUGUAUGAUGAAAUAACCUACAAACACUUACAUUAAAAAAAGAAAAAAAAUACAUACCACAUGAGAUUACACCAGAUCAACCAUAAACGGACAACUAAUAAUGCAGUAGCAAUAAUGACAAUAGCUUAGUUGUAUUAAAGCAAAAUGACUAUAAAAUUAGAUUAUAUCUUUAAAGAUAAUAACAUCACACAGAUAAACUGGGAUAAACAGCACAAAUGAAAAAAAAAUUGUCAAGCAUUGCAACGCAAUCCUAACACUUGAUGAAGAUAGACUGUGCAUAGUGAUAAACUGUAGAAAACCUAGACUACAUGAACAAUCCAAAAUCCAUGGAUCAUUAGCUGUGAUCAGCCCAGUGGUAGAUAGCAUA